AUAAAGCAAAAAAAGUGACAAAAAUUGGAGUCGACAUCCCCAUCUCGCUGCUCUGUCCCAAGCCCCCAGCGAUCGUCAUCCAGCGCGCCAUCUGACGGUGAAGAUGUCUCUGCACAGUAAGACCUGCCUCAAGUGUCAUCUUCAUUGCUUAGGGCCACGCGCAGCAAUCGCAGGUUCCCCAUGCGAGUGGGUGGCCACCGCAAGAUUCGUGCUGGGCGCCGCUGGGGGGUUCUUAUGGGAAUGGAAUAGAUACAGCAAGAACAUCGAGCGCCUUCUAAACCAAACUGACCAUUACAGCCGAGAUUUGGCGUGCAAGAACUAAUACAUAAGUCCCGCCUGCUUGCUUCGACACGUAGAACCAAUGUCGAACUUGUCGAUCCAACCUGGAGCCGCGCAACACGACUCCGCCCGACAGGACGCACUGCACAUACGAAA